CUUACAUCACCAUCAGUACACCUCUCUUUCUCCCUCCCUCAUGGCUAUGCCUUCCUAUAUCUAUUAAUGCUGUGUUAGGAGAGAUGGGAAGGCCUCCAUGCUGCGAUAAAUCAACGGUGAAGAGGGGACUUUGGACAGCUGAGGAAGACGCGAAGCUACUUGCAUAUACCUCCACCCAUGGAACUGGGAACUGGACAACUGUUCCAAAAAAAGCAGGAUUGAAGAGAUGUGGCAAGAGCUGUAGACUGCGGUGGACGAAUUAUUUGAGGCCUAACCUCAAGCACGAGGGCUUCACUCUUGAAGAAGAAGAGCGAAUUGUAGCCCUCCAUGCGACAAUAGGAAGCAGGUGGUCUAUAAUAGCAAACCAACUUCCCGGCCGCACCGACAACGACGUGAAGAACUACUGGAACACCAAGCUCAGCAAGAAGCUGUGCCAGAAAGGGAUCGACCCCGUCACCCACCGUCCUAUCUCCGAGAUCAUUCAGAGCAUCGAACACCUGCAACAUGAAACCGCCGCCGCCGCCGCAAGCAGAUUCAACAGUAACUUUCGGUACAAACCGGCCACCGCCGGAGCCCGAAUCGGCUGCCUUAACCGCGACCUCAGGAGCGUCUUCCUCUCGCGACCUGCGCCGACCGUAAACUCCGCUUCCGGGAGCAGCUCGUCGCCCAACCUCAACCUCUUCGCCCAAACCCAAGUUGGAAGCCCGAUACCAACAUAUUUCUCGCCUAGCGAAGCCUCCUCCUCCUCGACGGCAGCGACGACGCCCAAAGCGACGCAACCACCUUCGUCUCCGGAGUUCAAGUGGACCGAUUUCCUCAUCGAGGACGAUGACGAUGCUUAUGCUAAGAACAAGGCCAAAGAAGUGGUAACAUGGAGCGACGUUGCUGCCAAGCAUAAUGCUGCGGUGGAUGAAGGGACGAGCCAUCGCGCAGGAGCGUGUUAUGGGUCGAGUUCUUUCGUGGAUGCCAUCUUGGAACAAGAGAGGGAAUUGGUAUCCAAGUUCUACGAGGAGUUCCUGAGCUAUCCCAAUGAUCUUCCAUGGUGAAGAACUUAGUACACAUCACAAGAGUCUAAGCUUCCGCAAUAAGUAACAGUCGUUUGAGUCUUUGUACUGCUUCAAUCUGUCAGAGUAGCUCUUAA